GGGAUGUUCUCGAUAAACUUGGAAAGCGUGAACAAUAUUCUGGAUUCAAAAUUGAUAUAUACAUAAUUAUUAUACUAUAUCCAUAUAUAUAUAAUUUCCAAAACUUGAAUAUGAAAAUUUCGACAAUUCUUGAAAUAAUUUUUCCUAUCAUGCAAAUUUUUGCAUGGGGAUUCUUCGUAUCUGGAAGUUUCGGUCAUGGACCCGUGCUCGUAAGAUCAGAAGGAGCGGGAGUCGAAGCUGGAAUGAGCUUGGCCAGCUUGCAGCAGAGCGCCUCUAGAGUGCAACGCAGCGACCCAGAGCAGCGUCUUGAGCGCCAGAAACUUCGCGAGGCUCGCAGAGAAGAGAGAGAACGCAGCAGGAGGCAAAGACUUGAGCGUCGCCAGCACAGGCACCAGCAAGCGUCUACGGAUCGUCCAGCGGUGGACAAUAAGCGUCACUCUAGGGCAGACGACAUUCAGUGGAUGAAGGCCAACUUGUCGUCGUUGUGGGCUACGGUGAGGGAGCUGCAGAACAACCAGGCACACCUCCUGCGCAGCUCUGCUGGUCACGAGCCGAUUGUAACUAACAGCCUAAGUGCUACUGGGAUGCCCGGUGUGGCAUCGCCUUGCUCCCCCGAGCUGUCGGCAGAAGAUUGCCCUGACGACGACGAGUUGCAGUGCAGGCUUGGCGGCGACGAGCUGACGUGCUCGGGACGAGGCGAGUGUUGCUGCGGCCAGUGCUUGUGUCAGCUGCCAUACUUUGGAACUUUCUGCGAGUGUAACAGCGAUCUGUGCCCCAUGCACGACGGCGUCGUGUGCAGCGGGUCAGGGUCGUGCUCGUGCAGCUCCUGUGAGUGCGACGCAGGUUUCACGGGCCCCGCGUGCGAGUGUCCCUCCCACGACGGCCGGUGCCGGGACCAAGAUGGCGGUCUGUGCAACAACCAUGGCACCUGUCACUGUGGUAGAUGCGAAUGCUUUAGCAGUUACUUGGGUGAGCUGUGCGAGCAGUCGCUGUACUCGGCAGGGCUGUGCGAGGAGCUGAAGCCGUGCGUGCUGUGCAGCGCCCUGGGCCGCCCUCUGCCGCAGUGCAGGACCUGUGACCUCAUCACCGUCGAGCUCACCACCGAACUCCAGCCGUCGCAGAAGCUGUGCCGCAUGGUACACUCGGGGUGCCUGCUGCGCUAUUCCUACGAAGCUGCUGAGGAGGGCCAGUUCCUCGUAGCCGUCCCUGCCAGCGUCAUUGAAGACUUCAGGAACUGUGACGAACAAAACAGAAACAGAGUUUCUGUUUCGCGACGAAAUUGAACUCUUUAGUAAUAGAAAAGUGUCUGUUAUUCUGUUCAGUCACUACACGGCACUCGACACCGAUAACGACGCUCAGAACUCGGACGUAAAUGAUGACUGCAGAGCUUAGGAAGAUCUCGUCUGCAUCAAUUCAGUUAUCUUCAGAUCCUUCUAAAUUUGACAUUUAGGUAACAUCUCUAUUUUAACCAAAUAUACUAUGUCCAAAUUUCACCUAUAUAUCGUAUAGCAUUGCCCACAACUCAGUUCAAGUAAGUUAGACGGUUUGUAUCAGUUCGGUAUAGUGAGAAUUGGAAACUAAGAUUAAAUGCGUUGGGUUCGAAUUUCAUGUUAAUUACAUUUUUUAACAGUCGGUAAAUUUAUUUGAAGCCUGGGACUAGCGCUGGAUUUGUGGAGUUUGUUCGGUCGAAUAUCCACGAUAUUCAUCGCAUAGGAGUAUUAUACGAGAAUACAAUUCUAUUUCACAUGAUGGAAUCAAGAGACUCUGAAACCUGGAGUUUAUGUUAGAUAAAAAAAAAUCGAUAGGUCUGCGGGUGUGAAUUUAAAAUUAACGGGAUUUAUGAUGUCUGGGAGACGAAAUUCGGGAUGGCGUGUAUCAGAAUGUUAGGAUACGGGAUUCGGAAUUCUCAACUCAAUGGAUUAUCUAUCUCGGCACUGCUCGGUUAGGUUAACUUUGUAUAAAUGAGGUAGUCUAAAAAUACGUAACUACUUCCUACUG